AUGGGAAAGAAGAAAAGAUCAUCUUUCAAGACUAAGCAAAGUUUCAGCAUCACUGAGCCGCUUCAUAUGCUUCAUAUGAAUUUAUUUGGUCCUGUGAACGUUCAGACAAGAGCUGGGAAGAAAUAUACCCUUGUAGUUGUUGACGAAUAUUCAAGUAUUGUUGGCGCGGUAACAAAAUGGGGGAUGAGAAUAUCUAAGAGAAGAGAGCAAAGUUCUGAAAAAGUUAUAGUACGUAAGAUUAUCAAGGUACUAAACUAUCAUGAGAUAUGUGUGGAAUCGGAAAUGCCGGACAAUGACUGGCCGGAUUGGCUACCUGAUGACUGGGUUUAUAGUAUCUUUAAGGCCGGUGGAAAAAAAACCAAAUGUUACUCGACUCAAGGAGCACCCUCGUUUAGGUAUAGAUAUCAAGUGUUGGCUUAUCUUGAGAAGAUUGGUAGGAAAGAAGCUCAUGAGAACACUGAUGAUGCCAAUAGAUCAACUUUAGACUUGUCGAUGGAGCCAGAAAAUGAAGUUAUUGGAUCGUCACCUGGAGAACCGCCUGCGAAACUGGCAACUAGAAAUAGCAAGAGGAAAUCCCUGGCGAUGCAGGGAGCCGAAGGUGUUUCAGCCAGAGAAUCUGGAAGUAGCAGUGUGAAAGAAUCUGGAGCAGUUAAACUGCCCUGGAUUAUAUUUUGUUGUGCCGUCGGGGCCCUUUAUUACAGAAAAAUCUGGGAGGAAGACCCAAAAGAUGAGAAGCUGAAGGAAAAAUUGGAAGUGGCCGAGGAAAAUGUUCAUCAUAUGAGGGAACGCUUCCCGAAAGGCGUGCCAGAAGACUGGAAUUACCACCAUGAGACUGCCAGCAACAUUGUCUGCAGGAGAGAUGGAGAUAGUGGAGGAGAGCUGAUUUCUAUUGCUACCGCUCUGGAGGAAAAGAUAAAUGAGAAGCAUAACAGAAGGAGGAAUAAUUGUUGUUUUAAGAGAUCUGAGCGAGCGAACCGCCGGUUCGGGGCCGCGCUACGUUGUCAAUGGGCAGAAUAUCGUAAGACACUGCGUGUUGAAAAUUUGCAUUUUAGCACGGAUGAAGCGGACUUCACGAAGAUAUUUGAAGCUUUUGGCCGGGUGUUGGAUGUUGAGUUCCCGAAGGAUCCUGAAAAAGGACAUUGUAAAGGACUUGCGUAUAUUGAAUUUGAUAAACUUGAGCAUGCAAAGACAGCAGCACAACGUUUAAAUGGGACAGAGAUAGCUGGGCAGACUAUUAAGAUAUUAUCAUGUGCUGAUUAUUUUAAGGCACAACGCCAGGGAAAAAAAGCAGCAGGUUUGCUACCCUAGGAGUAAGAUGCCAAAUUCAAAAGUGCAGUUUGAUCAUGUUGACAUCUCUCUGCUGCACGAUAAUUUCAGCCUCAAAUUCAUUGCCAACUUUUGCUUUUAUAGGUUAUUUCCUUGUGUGGGGUACAUACUACAGUUCUGCUUCAUAUGUAUGAUGAUCCCUAAGUUGUUCUUUUGGCCUCAGCAGAUCAUAUCUAAUGUUUAUGCAUCUAUCUGAAUUUUAAUUUAGAUGAAGUCAAAUAUUUUGAA